UCUGAUUCGCUCUAACUUCGGUUGAGAGAGUUUUUCUAACUUCGCUGCGAAACGCAUCUUGUUUUUUUUCCGCACGCUUUACAAAAAAAAUAAUGUGGAAAAAUGAAGAAGGACGAGAAAAUAUAAUGCGAUAAGGAGGAGCAUUGAGAAGAACACGCGAGGAUUCGAUUGCGCGCAAUAUAGGACCGCGAUGAGCAACCGAGAGCGAUUUGAGGUUAAAUCCCGUUCAAAUUGCAUCAUGUGAGUUAUAUCGAUUAAAAUGUUCGUUCGGCAUGAUCAAAAUACACAACACUGCAUGAGCGCGUGUUUGAUACGCAAAUUUAACAAUGGCGAGGAACAAAUUGACGCGCCGUAGGUUAAGAUCUCGUCGGGGUCUCUUCAACAACCUCCUCGUCAGGAAAUAAAUAAAAUAAAAUUGAGAAAACAAUUUAAUCGACGAAGAUGAACUGGAAUUACUUGGUUUUUCAAGCGUGGAUGUCCUAUUUGAUGGCAGCUGGAUUAUUAGUUUUCACAAGUGGCUUCCUUCUUAAUCGCGUCUCCAGACCGGAACGAGCUGAAUGUGUGCGAUGCACGGCGAUCGACUGCGACACAUCGAACAUCUUCCGUGACACCGGACACGCCGCCAAAUUGUGUCUUGAGCGCAAAGCACGUGUCGUGCUCUUGAUCGUUGACGCUCUGAAGUACGAAUUUGCGGAGUGGCACGAGGACGACGCCUCGAUGUCAUCAUCGUAUCAUCGCAACAAAUUGCCCGUGAUACGCGAAUUAUUGCAGAAACAUCCGUUGAAUUCGCGUCUGCACAAAUUCAUAGCCGAUCCGCCAACCACAACCAUGCAACGUCUGAAGGGUCUUAUGACAGGUUCGUUGCCCACUUUCGUCGAGAUGGGAUCGAAUUUCGCAUCGGAUUACAUACAAGAAGACAAUAUCAUUGAUCAGAAUGCUGCUGGGGGUAUUGUUUUCAUGGGAGAUGACACUUGGACCAAUCUGUUUCCGCAUAAAUUUCUGAGACAGUUUCCGUCGCCGUCCUUCAACGUCUGGGAUUUGGACAGCGUGGACAAGGAUGUCAGAUAUCGAAUUUUCUUUGAGAUGAAGAAGAAAGACUGGUCGUUGCUGAUAGCGCACACACUCGGAGUUGAUCACUGCGGACACAAGCACGGCAUGUACCAUCCGGAAAUGACGAGAAAACUGAACGAUACGAAUACGCUUAUAAAGGAGAUCGUGGCGUCUCUUGAAAAAGACAUGAUCCUCUUUGUCGUUGGGGAUCACGGAAUGACCGAGACCGGAGAUCACGGCGGCGAUAGCGCGAAUGAAGUCGAAGCCGCUAUGUUUGUCUACUCGACAAUUCCUCUGUUGAAAAGAUUUGCAAUUAACAGCGACAAUACCGUGAAUCAAAUUGAUCUUGUUCCUACUCUGGCGUCGAUUCUCGGCACAUCGAUUCCUUUUUCCAAUCUUGGAUCUGUAAUACUCGACUGUUUGCCCGGACGAGAUAACGGCGAUCAGUUGUUGUAUCCGUUACAGUCUCUGUGGCGAAACAUUGCUCAAACAAAACAGUACGUGGAAACAUAUUCCGCGGACACAUACUUGUUCUCGAAAGAAGAACUUCAGAAUUUAGAUUCUAUAUACAACAGUCUUUCCAAACAAGUGAAACACGUUGAUAGCUUAGAAAAAUUUGAAGCGUUUCUUCGGGAUAGCAAAAAUUAUUUCAAUCUAUUGAAGUACGCGUGUUCCAAGGUAUGGGUCCAAUUUGAUUCCAAUCUAAUGUUCCAGGGUUUACUCCUAACAAGUUGUUCCCUGUUGUUUUUUUACAUCUUCAUUAUCGGCAUCCCCGUGAGUCGUAUGUGUGAUAUAUUCAAGUCUUCGUUUCUGCAAGUUGCCAUAGCGGCUAAUGUGAUCACAGCCGUGAUCAUUGAGUGUUUGUUCUUGUUGAAUGUUUUGAAGGAGAAGAAAAAUACCAUUUUUAUCGCCACCGGCGCAGUCUCGACUGGUCUGCUGGUCGUAACGAUUGCUCAAAAUUCGGACAUCGUGUGCUGGUUCACGUCAAUAUGUCGAUAUUAUCGUAGAGUUAAGCUAUUGACACUUGUAGCUGUAAUAGUACUUUUGUUAAUAAUAGGCGGGCUCUUCUCCAAUAGUUACAUAGUUGAGGAAGACAAGGUCCUGUCUUUCCUGAUCGUCACGCUUGUUUGUUUGCUCGUAUUCGAUCUGAGAAAGAACGACCCUGAGAACAUCACCGAGAGAAGAACGAGAUUUACGCCGAAACCGUCGAAACCGAACUUCAAAACGAUCGUAUCGGUCAUUGGACUGUUGGCGUGCGUCUCAGUGAGAUUGUCUCAUUACUUCUGGCGCUGCAGGGAGGAGCACAUGCAACGGGAAUGCUCCAUGUUCAUCACCGGCAAAGACACCUGGUCCACGAUGCCGAACAAUUGGGAGCGCGCCCUACUGACCGUCUUGUUCGCCCUGGUCGUUCUGGCGUCGUACGUGAUAACGAUCAGAAUGUGGCUGCAAAGUUGCGGAAAUCUCACGGGCUUCGCUCCCAGCGUGAUGGCGGGCCAAUACUGUCCGGUCAUCGCGAGCGUUUUCAUGGGUUGCUAUUGGAUUCUGCAGAAGCUUCCGAACUUUAUCAAGCCGAAGUUCAUAUUAUCGUGGCAGAUCAACAUGCUGUCCGGCGUGGUUUACUUCUUCUGCCUGCUCGGGAUUCUCGUUCUCUACUGUUGUCCGCUCAGCAUAUACCUGCUGCCGAAGAAGAGGGAGACCAUCGACGUUUAUCAAGACGAGAACAUAGUACCUCGAUUGUUCGAAAAGAUAAAAGACUCGAUGUCACGCAAACAAGCGGACGAUCCGCCGCCGCCGGUUAUUUACGGUUUCGGAACUGCCUACAGCGCUGCGUUUAUUUCGUUAAGCGUGUUCCUCACACUUUUGUACUCGUUGUUGCUGGGAGAAUCUCUCUCGCCGAGUACCGUUUUGAUAUUCGUCACGUGCGUCUGCGUGCUGGGAUUGUCCGCGAUAGAGAGAUACAAAAAUGCCAAUAAUGUUUCUGAACUUCUCAACGUGUCGAUGCCCGUGCUACUCUGUUGGUUUCUGCUGGCUGAAUAUUUUUUCUACGGAACCGGUCAUCAGGCGUCAUUUCCCACCAUUCACUGGCAUGCCGCCUUCGUAGGAACCGGCGGCCAUUUUUAUGGAAACUUCGUUUCGACAAUUCUAAUCGGUUUCAAUACAUUCGGAUCGCACAUUAUACUUGGCGCGACAUUACCGCUGUUGGUGAUCGUGCCGUUUGCGUUGCAUCGAUUGUUUCCCAAGUUUCUCAAAGCGAAGUUUUUCGAUGACAUAAAGAGAGGUGAACUCCUGUUGUUCGAGCAAGAUUCUGCUUUUCACGCUGCUAUUUUCUCAGUUGCGGGAAAAUAUACGUUGCUUCACGGAAUCCGAACUUUCGGCAUCAUGCUCGCGGCAACUAUACACUGUCGACAUUUGAUGGUCUGGAAGAUAUUCGCACCUAAACUAAUAUUCGAAGGAUUGGGAUUUCUGGUAACAUUAGGUAGCGUGUUAGCAUCGUUUUACAUGGUGUUUCGCAUCGACCAACAAAUGGAACAUCUUAUUAACAGAGUCACGAAAGACAGAUGAUACAUGCAAGUCUAAAAGACGUCUGAAAAAACGUCCUUAUUUUAGAUGUCUUUUAGACUUCGUUAAAAGACGUCUUUGAAAUGAAGGAUUGUCUUUUAAUGCUAAUUUGCAAGACGUUUUUUUUUUUUUUAAAACACCAAAACGGAGAUCAUUUAUAGUUGACUCGUCCUUAUAUA